AUGCGUGAGGCAAUUUGCAUUCACAUUGGCCAAGGAGGUGUGCAGAUCGGCAACGCCUGCUGGGAACUCUUCUGCUUGGAGCAUGGUAUUCAACCUGAUGGUCAGAUGCCGUCUGACAAGACGAUCGGUGGUGGAGAUGACGCGUUCAACACGUUCUUCUCCGAGACUGGGGCGGGCAAACACGUGCCGAGAUGCGUGAUGGUCGACCUGGAGCCAACUGUGGUGGACGAGGUUCGCACUGGCACCUAUCGCCAGCUCUUCCAUCCUGAGCAGUUGAUCUCGGGAAAAGAAGAUGCGGCAAAUAACUUCGCUCGAGGACAUUACACCAUUGGCAAGGAGAUUGUUGACCUUGUGUUAGACAGGAUUCGAAAGCUGGCCGACAACUGCACAGGUUUGCAGGGAUUCUGUGUGUACAACGCCUGCGGCGGUGGCACUGGAUCUGGCCUGGGUUGCCUCAUGUUGGAACGUUUGUCUGUGGACUACGGCAAGAAGAGCAAGAUCUCUUUCACCGUGUGGUGCUGCCCACAGGUGGCUACCGCGGUGGUGGAACCCUACAACACCGUCCUGUGCGUGCAUUCUUUGCUAGAGCACACAGACGUGACCAUCAUGUAUGACAAUGAGGCGCUUUACGAUAUUUGCCGCAGGAACUUGGACAUUGAACGUCCAACUUACACCAACCUGAACAGGUUGAUCGCCCAGAUCAUUUCCUCGUUGACAGCUUCGCUGCGCUUUGACGGUGCGCUCAACGUGGACAUCACCGAAUUCCAGACAAAUCUUGUGCCAUACCCCAGGAUUCACUUCAUGCUCACUUCCUAUGCUCCAGUCAUCUCUGCGGAGAAGGCAUACCAUGAGCAGUUGUCAGUGGCAGAGAUCACCAUGUCUGUCUUUGAGCCAGCUUCCAUGAUGGUGAAGUGCGACCCUCGUCAUGGCAAAUACAUGGCCUGCUGCAUGAUGUAUCGCGGAGAUGUGGUGCCAAAGGAUGUGAACGCAGCCGUGGCCACCAUCAAGACGAAGCGUACGAUUCAGUUCGUGGACUGGUGCCCCACUGGUUUCAAGUGCGGUAUCAACUAUCAACCGCCCACAGUGGUUCCUGGAGGAGAUCUGGCCAAGGUCAUGCGUGCCUGCUGUAUGAUCUCUAACUCAACAGCCAUCGCAGAGGUCUUCUCCCGCAUUGACCACAAAUUCGACUUGAUGUAUUCAAAGCGUGCCUUUGUCCACCACUAUGUGGGUGAGGGUAUGGAGGAGGGCGAGUUCUCGGAAGCUCGUGAAGAUCUUGCUGCCUUGGAGAAGGACUACGAAGAGGUCGGCAUCGAAACUGCCGAAGGUGAAGGCCCCAUCGUCGGAGGUCGGGUGUCGUCGAUCGCUGCAGGUUGCAUUGCUAUAUCGAUCGUUCAGAGCCUUGCAAAGGCAGGUGGUGAAGUGCCACGUCACCGCGAUCGCAAGGAGGGGGAGGUGGAUUUUCCCCACUGGGUGGAUCCAACGACCGUCACAGAGGCACGUGGCUCUGGGGACAAUGCUGGGGCCGUCUUCGAUGGCGACCGAAUAGCCAACUGCUGCAUGGAAAGCCCAACUCCGCGGUAUCUCGGCGGUGGCGAUUUCAGGCAGUCAAAGCCAGUGACGGCGGAACCGACGCAAACCUACGUCGUGCGCAUUCCAGAGAUGCUGAUGAGGGGCAGUGGCAACAUUACAGAGAUGGCCAUCACCAACCCCUUCGACUCAGAGGAGCGUUUCCGUUUCGCCACGCUGAGCAAGACAGCGGUCAAGCUCUGGGAGUACUGCGAAGUACGAAAGGAGUUGGCGCAUCGUGCUGUGAUCUUUGGGAAGCCGCUUCGACGUUGGGCCGCUGUUGUGACGACUGGUGCAGAGGAGAAUCAAACUGGGGCUCCGCAGCAACACCUGAUGCACGUGGGGUACGCCACGGAAGCCGGGCACCUGCUGAUGUGUGGCAAGGAGGGCCAGCUCUACGAUGUUCAUGGCUCUCACGUGCACCACAAUGCAUGCCUGGCACAGCAGUUGUGUUCUGCAGUGUCUCUGCAGAAGCAAGGGUCAAACUUCGACUUCCUCGCCUGCGACAGCAGUGGCACCUUUCUCUUGGGCCGUUUUGAGGAGGAUCCGGUGCCCAUGCCGCGGCAGAGCCGACCCCUGGGGAUCAGGCGAAGUGGUGAGAUCCCUGGGGAUGUUUUGUACACCACGAGGCCUCAGGUGAUUGAGCGCUUCACACUUGAGGAUCUGCCGGCAGAGAGUGGCCAGGAAUUUCCCAAGGGAUUACAGCCCAGAUGGAAGAGUCUACAGGCGAAUGCGUCCUGGACAAAGGUUUCCAUGGGGUGCGGUGGUGUCGAAGGAGGGAAGGAGAAGGGGCAGAUCCUAGCUGCAUCCCUUCACAUUUUGGUGGUUUUUGACCUGGGACUUCAAGGUGGCAAGAGGCGCUUGUUGCGGGUGGUGCAGGUGGCGCACAAGGUCGAGUCCUGGGCCUUGGCACAUCAUCCCACCAUUCCUGGACUCUGCGUCAGUGGUGAUGAGCGAGGAGUGGUCCAUUUCUGGGAUUUGGAGGCGAAAAAGCCAUUGUUCAACAAGACCUAUCGCUCGGAUCAGACCGUGCAUCGCCUGGAGUUUUCCCCCGAAGGUGAUAUCCUGGUGCUGGGCCAAAUGGGCCUGGUGACCCUCUUGGAAUUCCCGUCCCUUCGUUUGCUGCGUCGCCGUGUAUCCUUUGUGAAGGAUUUCCGUGGUCAGGACAGUGACAAGUCUCGGUAUCUCGCGUGCGCGUGCAGCUCGACUCACAAGGGGCCAGUAGACCUCAUCCUUGACUUUGGCCAUGGCUGGGAUCAGAAUAUUUACCUCUUUCGCCUGAUUUGGAAGACACGUCAUGGCCAUAAGCACAAGGAAAGCGAACGCCACCGCGAGAUUCACUACCGCGGUGCGCUCACGGGAAAUUCGUCCUCACCGACGCACGUGAUGUUCACGGCUGAUGCACAGUUCCUGGUGUCCAAUUCCACGGAUAUGUCCAUCAUCGUGUGGCGCACGGGCACCGGUGAGCGCCUGUCGACCAUCUCGGCGGUUCGGGAUAUGCCGCGGCUGGGCCCCUGGCGGAAUGUGCUGGGAUGGCCCGUGGCGGGCGUGCCAUGGCAUCAAGUGCGUCGGGACGGUGAAGCAUCUGGCAACGUUGUGGCGGUUGGGGAUGAUGAUGGCAUGGUGAACCUCUAUCGUGCUGCUGGCAUGACAACCGGCCGGAAGCCGGGCUUCCCAGCGCCCGUCUCUCGUGCCAAGGGGAGAGAGUCCGAGGGCUCAGUUUUUGGCCACAGCGAGUUGGGAUUUGAAGCGACAAACAUGGGGAUGCCACAAAGGUACAGCGGCCAUGCUUCGCACGCGCGCAGCCCAAGUGGUGAAGAUUUUUUCCCCGCUGUUGCGGCCGUGGUGAGCCAUGCAAAAAGGGUCCUCAUGGCACGCCAUGCUUUUGAGGUCACCAACGUCCAGUUCAACUCAGGCAACGUCCUGGUGACCCUUGGAGGUGGAGAUCACACCUUGAUGCAGUGGCGCCUGAAAGACGCUCCGAUUCCUUUGCUCCGCGGCGGUGGCACGCGACCGCCCUGGACGACGCUUCCGGCGCUUCCGGCCCUCGCCAGCUGCGACCGCGACGAGCGCGCUGCCAGUGGCCCCACCAGCGCAGGCAGCAGCCGUGGCAGCGCGGCCAGUGCCGAGGACAUGCUGCAGCACCUGGGUCGCUCUGGGCCGCCACCCCGACGACGGCGGGCACUGGGUUCCGCCACCGCGGGGUAUCCCGGGUUCAAGGGGCCCUUCGAGGGUGACACUCCUGACCUCCCUGUGGCGGUUCCAGUGGGGGUGCCAACGGCUCCAGCGGCACGUCCUCCCUCAGUCUCCAGUGUGCCAGGGUGUGGAGAAGCUGCGGUCGGAUUGUGCCGUCCAGUGCUCCUCCGCAGAACAGGAUCCGCUGGUACCAACGUUUUCAGAGACGCAGCGCAGCUCCAGCUUACCUGCUUCGCAGCGACCUCCGGUGGCGUUGCACACGUUGCACCAGCCCAAUCUGACGCCGGCAGCGGAGCACUGCAGACGUCUGGCAAGGCGACGGUGAUGGACGACGAGGCGGUUGGCCUUGGCGCCUUGGCCCGCCAGGCUGUACCAGAGUUCCAAAGAUCGGGCUUUGGUUGUACAGAGAACGAGCAGCUUUGCAACAGAGCUGUGGGCUCAGCGGGCUCUGGACUUUCUGCCAGAUCUGUUGCAGAGAAGGUUCCCAACUCCUCCAAACCGCGUGCGGUUUCUGCGCGAUGGACCGCACUUCCGCGACGCUGCCGCUGGGCCUGGGCCAUGAGGCUGCGUCGCUUCUGGCAGUCCGACGAGGCCUUUGCGCGGCGCUUGCAGGAGGAGAUGUUCAGCGGCGGGAAGCUGGCGCCGGCGCCGAUGCGGGUCUCGGUGAGCCUGAAGCCGACACCCGGUGCCACCUCGCCCAACAGCCAGGUCCAACAGGUCCUGGCAGCCCGCAGCAUCCCCGGCACGUGGCAUCGUCCUAGUCUCAGACGCUUCCAAUGGGUGCGGGGGGCCAGAAGCUUGGUGAAGGACUCUCACUUCAUGGGAGAUGCCGCGCUAGCUAGGCGUCAGGCGGCCGCUCCCGGGCGUUCCGCCUAUGCCCCACCGGUGCGGCCCGUGGUGCAAGUGACGGCCGCGCCGGGGGUGCAGGCGCCGACGACAGCGAAGGCGUCACCCAAACACCUGAGCCCAACGAAGCUGCAGAGCCCAUCCAGUAUGCAAGCUCCCGUAGCUCGUGGAGCUGCAAUGCCAGGUCCACCUCCACAGAGGUGUGCUACUAUGACUUCAACCAUCCGCACAGGUGAAUCCGGGACCCCCGGUCAGGGUGAAGAGAAGUCUGAGAAACCGAAGGAACAAGGGCGCCACAACCAGCUCAUGCCAACCAUGAGUUUGCGGCCGCAGUCCACUCCUCAAGGUUCCAGGCGACUUCAAACCAGAAGAAAGAUAGGCAACAAGACGCCGGAGGUGGAGAAAUUCCUGGUGGAGUCCUUGAGCAGAGAUCCGGGGAGCGGCCAAGCGCAGCUCAAUGAGGCGGAUCUGCAACAGAUUGUGAGCAUGAUGGAGUACUACGAAUUUGAUGGUUCAGAUGGCUCCGACGAUGAAGAUGGUGUGGGCGGCGCUAGCGGCUACAUCUUUGUGGUCGACAAUGGGAGCUUUGAGGUGAGGAUUGAUGGUGCAUCUGUGGCUACCUUGGGCCGUGGAUGUACUUUCGGCUGGAACUUCCUCAUGAAGCAGCCACAGUCCUCCUCGGUCUUUGCCGUCAGCAAGUCUGGUCUCUGGGGCGCAGAUGGACAGAAGAUCCAGCAGAUGAUCACCGACCGAACGCGGGAACGCAUCGACCAAAACCGGAAACUCUUGGAUUGCGUGUCCAUGUUCAAAGGCCUUCCACCCAGACAGAUCGAACUACUGAGUUCAGCCAUUGCUGAGCAAACAGUACCGGCUGGGAAGAAGGUGGUGGAGAAGGGUGAGCUUUCAACAGCUCUCUACUUCAUCCGAACAGGUACGCUACAGGUGGAAGAAAACAAGAAACAGCUUGGCCCAGGAGAUUUUUUCGGUGAGCGGGCGCUGCUGCACCAUGCACCCAGAUCUGCGACCGUCACAGCGGUCACCGAGGCGGAAUUGCUGCGUCUCGAAGCGGAGAAUUUGAAAUCCGUGGUUGGCGCCGACCUCAUGGUGUACCUCUCAAGGUCGCUGAUUUUGGAGUCAUUGAGAAGCUCCCAAAGUUGUGGGCAGUUCAAUGCUUCGCAGCAGUCGGCGAUCCUUCAGAAGAUGCAUAUCUCGGAGGUAGCUGAAAACACUGCCAUCACCGAUGCGAAGAAAGAGACCUUCCUGCUUUUGGCUGUGGUCCAAGGUUCUGUACAUGACAUCAGCCGGAUGGAGAGCCCUCAGGCUUUUUACCCUGGUCAAGCUUUUGAGGCCGGUGCUAAGGCGGCGAGUCGGGAGGUGUCCACCAGCGGACCCAUUCCUAUGACUUUUGGUGGCAGAUGUGGGAUCAAAUUAGUCUCAUCGCCGGGCCACAAGGCGCUAAGAUCAGUGGUGUUUUAUGCUGGAUCACCAGAUCUCUGCCAACCGGUCUUCCCCUUGGACAACAGGGAUUUCAUUGAAGUCGCCAUCCUCCUAGAGACAGGCUUGGAGGCGGCUUUGGCAGAUGGCCCGGUGGAACAGGCGCCCUCGGGCUCUAAGAAGGAGCGCUUCGCACAGAAGAUGCUGGCGGUCAAGAAGGCAAUUUGCAUUCACAUCGGCCAAGGAGGUGUGCAGAUCGGCAAUGCUUGCUGGGAGCUUUUCUGCUUGGAGCAUGGUAUCCAGCCUGAUGGUCAGAUGCCGUCGGACAAGACGAUCGGCGGCGGAGAUGAUGCCUUCAACACGUUCUUCUCCGAGACUGGUGCUGGAAAACACGUGCCGAGAUGCGUGAUGGUUGACCUGGAACCAACGGUGGUGGACGAGGUUCGCACUGGCACCUAUCGCCAGCUCUUCCAUCCCGAACAGUUGAUUUCUGGCAAAGAGGACGCGGCAAACAACUUUGCACGAGGACACUACACCAUUGGCAAGGAAAUUGUUGACCUCGUGUUAGACAGGAUUCGGAAAUUGGCGGACAACUGCACAGGAUUGCAGGGAUUCUGUGUGUACAACGCCUGCGGCGGUGGCACCGGAUCUGGUUUGGGUUGCCUCAUGUUGGAGCGUUUGUCUGUGGACUACGGCAAGAAGAGCAAGAUUUCUUUCACCGUGUGGUGCUGCCCACAGGUGGCUACCGCAGUGGUAGAACCCUACAACACCGUCCUGUGUGUGCAUUCUUUGCUGGAGCACACUGAUGUGACCAUCAUGUAUGACAAUGAGGCACUUUACGAUAUUUGUCGCAGGAACUUGGACAUUGAACGUCCAACCUACACCAACCUCAACAGGUUGAUCGCCCAGAUCAUUUCCUCAUUGACAGCUUCGCUGCGCUUUGAUGGUGCGCUGAACGUGGACAUCACCGAAUUCCAGACAAAUCUCGUGCCGUAUCCCAGGAUUCACUUCAUGCUCACCUCCUAUGCUCCAGUUAUCUCUGCGGAGAAGGCAUACCAUGAGCAGUUGUCCGUGGCAGAGAUCACCAUGUCUGUCUUUGAACCAGCCUCCAUGAUGGUGAAGUGUGAUCCUCGUCAUGGCAAAUACAUGGCCUGCUGCAUGAUGUAUCGUGGAGAUGUGGUGCCAAAGGAUGUGAAUGCAGCCGUGGCUACUAUCAAGACCAAGCGAACCAUUCAGUUCGUGGACUGGUGCCCAACUGGCUUCAAGUGUGGAAUCAAUUAUCAGCCACCUACGGUGGUUCCUGGAGGAGAUUUGGCCAAGGUCAUGCGCGCCUGCUGCAUGAUCUCGAACUCAACAGCCAUUGCAGAGGUCUUCUCCCGCAUUGACCACAAGUUCGACUUGAUGUACUCGAAACGUGCCUUUGUCCACCACUAUGUAGGCGAGGGCAUGGAGGAGGGCGAGUUCUCUGAAGCCCGCGAAGAUCUUGCUGCCUUGGAGAAGGAUUACGAAGAGGUGGGCAUCGAGACGGCAGAGGGCGAAGGCGAAGAGGAAGGCUAUGGUGACGAGUUCUAGCCGCUUUCAGCCGAACCGUGCUGAUCGCAAAGUAUCUGACGUGUUCAUCCAGCAUACCAACUUGCUGGAAGAACGCCUUGAAUACUUGUCUACCCGUUGCACACCCGGGCGACCGAGUGUGAGGGCGAACUGUGCAUGUG